GCGUAUCACGUCCCAUUACCCGAGGUUAAAAACUCCAAAGCAACGCCGUCCAAGAGAAACAUAAUGUCAGCCGUAGGUGUCAUUUAAAAUAGUCCAGUAACCAUAUUAUGACAAUAGAAACAGUUAAUACAGAAUGGCUACUGUGAUCUUUGUGGAUAAGGAAAACGGAGAACCGGGCACCCGUGUUACUCCUAAGGACCGGCUGAAGCUGGGGUCCCGGCCUUCAGUCAAAGCUUUAGAUGGGAGAUCUCAGGUUUCAACAACACAUGUUGGCAAAAUGUUUGAUGCUCCACCAGCUUUACCUAAGGCUCCCAGAAAGGCUUUGGGAACUGUCAACAGGGCCUCAGAAAAGUCAGUGAAGAGUAAUGGACCUCUCAAGCAGAAACAGACAACCUUCUCUGCUAAAAAGGUGACCGAGAAGACUGUCAAAGGAAAAAACUCUGCUCCUGCCUCAGAGGACACCUAUCCAGAAAUAGAGAAGUUCUUUCCCUUCAACCCUCUAGACUUUGAGAGCUUCGACCUGCCUGAAGAGCACCAGAUCGCCCAGCUGCCCUUGAGCGGAGUGCCUCUCAUGAUCCUCGAGGAGGAGAGGAAACUCGAACGGCUGCUACACUUCGGCCCCCCUUCGCCUCUGAAGAUGCCCUCUCCACCGUGGGCGUCCGAUCCGCUGCAGUCUCCCUCAAGCAUUCUGUCGACUCUGGACGUUGAACUGCCGCCCGUGUGCUAUGACGUAGAGGUUUAGUUUCUUAGUGCUUUCCAGUUUGUGUGUAUGUAUUAAUAGUUCGUGUUAAUAAAGCAAUUCCUUGACAGACUCUUAA